AUGCCUUCCGCCCGUCGCCCUCCCUUUCGCCCAUCGCCCUCUCUUCCGCCCGUCGCCCUCCCUUCCGCCCGUCACCCUUCCUUCGUCUCGUCGCCCUCCCUUCGUCUCGUCGCCCUCCCUCCCUCCCAUUGCCCUCCCAACCACCCGCCGCCCUACCUUCCCCUCGUUGCACUCCCUUCCGUCCGUUGGCCCCUUUGCCUCGUCGCGCUCCCUGCUGCUCAUCGCCCUCUCUCCCGCUCAUCCACUCUCAAUCCCCGUAUCUCUCUCCCCUCAUCGCCCUGGCAUCCCCGUCACUGUCGCCAUCCCUCCCUUCUCCCUUCCCAACUCUGUUUCCCCUGGGUUUCCCGUGCUGCUUCCCCCCAUCCCCUUCCCUGCUUCCCCGUGUCCCCUUCCCUGCUUCGCCCCAUCCCCUUCCCUGCUUCCCCAUGUCCCUUUCCCUGCUUUCCCCCAUCCCCUUCCCUUCUUUCCCAUGUCCCUUUCCUUGCUUCCCCCCAUCCCCUUCCCUUCUUCCCCCCAUCCUUUUGCCUGCUUCCCCGUGUCCCCUUUCCUGCUUCCCCUUGUCCCCUUCCCUGCUUCCCACCCUUCCCUGCUCUCCCAUGUCCCUUUCCCUGCUUCCCCCCAUCCCCUUCCCUUCUUCCCCACAUCCCUUUAUAUGCUUCCCCCCAUCCUGUUCCCUGCUUCCCCCCAUCCCCUUCCUUGCUUCCCCGUGUCCCCAUCCCUGCUUCCCCGUGUCCCCUUCCCUGCUUCCUCGUGUCCCCUUCCCUGCUUCCCCGUGUCCCCUUCCCUGCUUCCCCGUGUCCCCUUCCCUGCUUCCCCGUGUCUCCUUUCCCUGCUUCCCCUUGUCCCCUUCCCUGCUUCUCGGUGUCCCCUUCCUUGCUUCCCCAUGCCCCUUUCCCUGCUUCCCCCCAUCCCCUUCCCUUCUUCCCCCCAUCCCCUUUCCUGCUUCCCCCCAUCCCCUUUCCUGCUUCCCCCCAUCCCCUUCCCUGCUUCCCCAUGUCCCCUUCCCUGCUUCCCCAUGUCCCCUUCCCUACUUCCCCCCAUCCCUUUCCCUGCUUCCCCCCAUCCCGUUCCCUUCUUCACCCCAUCCCCUUCCCUGCUUCCCCCCAUCCCCUUCCUUGCUUCCCCAUGUCUUCUUCCUUGCUUCCCCCCAUCCCCUUCCCUGCUUUCCCAUGUCCCUUUCCCUGCUUCCCCCCAUCCCCUUCCCUUCUUCCCCCCGUCCCCUUCCCUGCUUCCCCAUGUCCCCUUCCCUGCUUCCCCAUGUCCCCUUCCCUGCUUCCCCCCAUCCCCUUCCCUGCUUCCCCAUGUCCCUUUCCCUCCUUCCCCCCAUCCCCUUCACUUCUUCCCCCCAUCCCCUUCCAUGCUUCCCCCCAUCCCCUUCCAAGCUUCCCCAUGUCCCCUUCCCUGCUUCCCCCCAUCCCCUUCCCUUCUUCCCCCCAUCCCCUUCCUUGCUUCCCCAUGUCCCCUUCCCUACUUCCCCAUGUCCCCUUCCCUGCUUCCCCCCAUCCCCUUCCCUUCUCCCUCCCAUCCCCUUCCUUGCUUCCCCCCAUCCCCUUCCCUGCUUCCCGGUGUACCCUUCCCUGCUUCCCCGUGUCCCCUUCCACAGCAAUCACACGCACCACUUGUCUGCUCUUCAUAUUCUCCCUUAGAUUCCUCUUCACAUGUUUUGCAGAACCCUGCUGCGAGGAGGACGAGGAGGAGCAGCCACACGUGGCGCUGGCAGCUUCCAUGGAGGGGCACACAGAGGAAGAGGGGGCCGAGGUGGAAAGGUGGGCAAGGUGGGGAGCAAGGUGGGGACAUGGGCCCAUGCAGGGCAGCACGGACGACGCCUCUCGUGCGGCUAAGGGUCAGGAGCAACAAGGGGCGUGGGCAGGAGGGGCAACAAAGGAGGAGGUUGAGUUACCAGAGGAGCCCGUAGUGCGCAUUCCAGCCAGCCGUUGCAUUGCCAUUCGUUGCCCGGAUGGCACUCGGCUGCAGUGUCAGUUCCGGGCCCAGGCACUCUCUCCACGUGGUGUCCCCAUCCUUCAAAACAACCUGCUUGCCACCCAUCCCGCGCCUGCGCACUGUCCUUCCUGCCAUGCUUGUUCCCUUGCUAUCCAACUCACUCCCUUGUUCUCCCACGCCCCACUCCCCACCCCCCCAGCUGCUGGAAAGCAGAUCUACGAUUGGAUCCGCCCCGAGGCGAACCCCUCGGCGCAGCGCCACGCCGGUUACGGAGCAGCAGCAGACCAUGGCGCACUUCGGCGGGUUCUGAGAGAUAGGGCGCGCAGCUGGCAGAACUGCGAGGCAGCCUCCUCUCGAGACUGCCUUCAGCCUCCCCUGCUGCCCCAUACCGUAUGCCAAACUGCGCCCGAUAAGGCACUGCAUUUGAUGUUGCCGCCCUCCUUGCGUGUAUGGAGGGAUUGGCAGCUGCAACGCGUGACAGCCAACACUGUGCAGGCAACUGUGUUGAAUCUGGAUCAUGGGGCAAAGGCAUUUGAAAUGAGUAGAGCUGUGUGGUGUGGUCAGUGCGGAGUGGCGUGGGAGGAAGGCGCAAGAAGGCAAGCACAGAGUGAAGAGGUCACGGCACGAUAUGGAGAUUGGCAGCAGGGAUUGACUUGUGGGUCGUUCUUUGUUUGGUGCCAAUGGUUUAUAGGCUGA